CUAUGAUCCCUGAGCCUGAGUCAGCUUCACUUCGAUUCUAUGCCACGGCAGUGGGGGCAUCUCCCUGUGGUUCCUUUGAUAAAGAAUGGAGAUUAAUUCUAGUAAAAACCCAAAAAGUAGAAAGAUAAGACCAUUAAUUAGUGGGAUUCUCAUUCUCAUCCCACCAAUAACACUUGCACAGUUUCAAGUAGGGCUCUCAUAUUCUCUCCUAUUGGUUUUCCCAGAAUUUCUUUUUGCCUUGGCUUUCCUUUUCCUUCCAUUCUCAAAUGCUUUGUGGGUCCCCUGCACUAAUGCACAAUCUAUUUUCACACUAUCAUAAUCACAGUAUCCAGUUUCCUCUUCUUCUCCUUCUUCUCUUUCUGAUUCGUAGUGGUUGCAUUUGCAAUGGCCAUGGCUAAAACUGAAGCAGAUUUUCCAAAUGGGGGCAAGAGGUUUGAGGAUGAACCCUUCUUAGACACGAACAAAAGUGGCAUGUUUGGAAACUUCUCCAUUUGGCAUCCCCUCAAGCUAGUCACAUACUGCCUUGUGCUCCUUAGUUUUCUAAGCACUGGUUAUCCCUCCAGUGGACCUGACCUUGAAGGUGAAGCUUUGGUUGAGCUUCUAAAAGCACUCAAUGACUCCAAUAACCAAAUAAAAGAUUGGAAUUAUUAUCUGGUGAGCCCUUGCUUUAGUUGGUCUCAUGUUACUUGCACAAAUGGAAGAGUCACAUCCCUGAGCUUGGCAUCAAAUGGAUUUUCAGGAACUCUUUCACCUGCAAUUACGAAACUGAAGUUCUUGGUUAGCUUGGAACUACAGAACAACAGUUUGUCGGGUCCACUGCCUAAUUAUUUCAGCAAUUUGGUGCAUCUAGAAAAUCUGAAUCUUGCAAAAAAUAAAUUCAAUGGUUCUAUACCUGUUUCCUGGGGCCAGCUGUUCAAUUUAAAGCAUUUGGAUCUUUCAGCUAAUGACUUGAUUGGACCAGUACCAGUUCAAUUCUUUUCAAUUCCAGAGUUCAAUUUUACCAUGACAGGUCUUAAUUGUGACUCCAGCCCAAAGCAACCUUGUGUUUCAAGCUCUGCCUUUCCAGUUUCAACCAGCAAGUCAAGACUUAGGAUGAUUGUAAUAGCUGCAAGUUGUGUUGCUUUCAUAUUCCUGCUACUUGGCUUUGCUUAUCGAUCCCAUCAACUACAUAGACUAAAAAGUGACGUCUUUGUGGAUGUUGCUGACACACACACUCUUUUAGGUGAAGAUGAUUGCAAAAUUUCCUUUGGGCAGCUUAAAAGUUUUUCAUGGCGUGAGAUCCAAAUUGCAACUGACAAUUUCAGCGAACACAACAUAAUUGGACAGGGAGGUUUUGGAAAAGUUUACAAAGGUGUCCUUUCUGACAAUACCAAAGUUGCUAUAAAACGCCUUUCAGAUUAUUAUAGUCCUGGAGGAGAAGCUGCUUUUCAAAGGGAAGUUCAACUUAUCAGUGUUGCAGUUCAUAGGAAUCUGCUAAGGUUGAUUGGAUUUUGUACGACUUCCACUGAGAGAAUCCUAGUUUACCCAUUUAUGAAAAAUCUGAGUGUCGCACAUCAAUUGAGAGAUUUGAAACCUGGAGAAAAGGGGUUGGACUGGCAAACGAGGAAGCAUGUGGCCUUUGGUGCAGCUCAUGGACUAGAGUAUCUACAUGAGCAUUGUAAUCCGAAGAUUAUACAUCGUGACUUAAAGGCUGCUAACAUCCUAUUAGAUGAUAAUUUUGAAGCUGUUCUUGGAGAUUUUGGGCUAGCAAAGCUGGUUGAUACAAAAUUGACUCAUGUUACCACCCAGAUACGUGGUACGAUGGGUCACAUUGCCCCAGAAUAUUUGUCCACUGGAAAGUCUUCAGAAAAAACUGAUGUGUUUGGAUAUGGUAUAACCCUUCUUGAAUUGGUAACCGGCCAGCGUGCAAUAGACCUUUCUCGGCUUGAAGAGGCAGAGGAUGUUCUUCUCGUUGAUCAUAUCAAAAAGUUACUUAGGGAAGAUAGAUUGGACGACAUUGUAGAUAGAAAUUUGAAGAGUUAUGACCUUGAAGAAGUUAAGACAAUCGUCCAGGUUGCAUUGCUGAGCACCCAAAGCUUGCCGGAAGACCGUCCCACAAUGGCACAAGUGGUUAAACUGCUACAAGGUGUUGGUCUGGCUGAGAGAUGGACAAAAUGGGAGGAGCAAGCAAGGAAUCAAGAACUCUUACUCAUGUCUCGCCAGUACGCAUGGGCUGAAGAUUCAAGCGUUGAUCAAGAAGCUAUACAAUUGUCCAAGGCUAGAUAGAGCUUUUUAUUUCUGUUGAGCAAUCAAUUUUGAGACUAACUUUUCAUUAACCUAUGAAACCCAGUGGAUUACUGUAAUCUAUACCAUAGAUUGCUGUACAUUAAUUAACAUACUCUAUAAUGAAGUUGCAUGUAAGAUCAAUAUGGUUUGAUCAAAAUAAGUCAGCUUGAUGUGGCUUUUAUCAUUUCUUAUUUUCUGUUCAA